AUGAGCCACCCAAUCCCCCACGACGAAGACUCGCAACCCAUCCUCAAGCCUCGCCCUCGCCGUCCUUUCGAACUCUCUUCCGCACCCAAUUCGGCUCCGCCAACACCACCGUCCGAUGCAAUGAACUUCCCGGAGAAGCUCGACAAGCUUGACACGUCGCAUACAUCCAGCAGAAUGGCCGACUCAGGGAACGGGAGUGCGACACCCUCACGAACACGUUCAUUCCUGAACCUUACAGCUUCUACGCUCUUUGGCAUUUACCAGCCGACUGGCUUCGGUACGGAGACUGAGAAUCCCACACCUUGGGGCAAUGGCGCGCAAACCCCAGCGGAUAGCAGACAUGGGAGUUUUGACUUCUCGAGAAUCAGUCUACCAGACUCGGCGUUUGAAAGAGAUGGUGCGAAUGGCAGAGUGAGGAGGAGAAGCACACAGCCGCAGGUGCAAAUACGGAAGCAAGCUUCAUACAGACCACGGAAGGGAUUCAAAGGAUACUUCUUGCCUCUUGCUGGACGAGUAGUUGCAUUAUUCGGGACAGGUGUUUUGUAUGGCCUUCUCAUAAGCCACCUCCACGAUCGACAAAAACUGGCUCCCGUGGCUGUCAACCUCGACAGGUCAAGAUGGAGUUACCUUGCGACUUGGGGUUUCAUUGGCGUACUUCUGGGCGAGGCGUUACCUUGGGCAGACAUGCUCUGGCACGAAGACGGGGAUGAAGAAGAUGGCCAAGGACAACCUCGCAAGGUUGGACGCGAUGUGAAUGCCUGGCUGGAUGUCGUUCGAUCAAUUGGCGCCUUUGUGGGCAUUGCUUUUGCUAUCAGGAAGCUACCUUGGCAGUCGACCUUGCAACUGUCUUUAACACUGGCGCUUGCGAAUCCUGCUGUGUGGUACUUGAUCGAUCGGUCUCCACCAGGAUUCAUCUUGUCUACGAUUGUCGCCUUGAGCGGGACAGCUGUCCUCUUGGGCAUCAACCCUACUCUAGUACCCGCGCCUUCACCUUGGGCAGUUAUCCAAGGUCAGGUUGCAGGCCAAGAAAGCCUGAACGAGACACUACAGGCGGUGAAAAGUGAGGAUCUGGUUCUGGGGCUUUUCAGCCAGGAGUCGGUGGGCGUUGCGACUUGGAUCGCGAGUGUGCUGUUUGUGAGCUCGGUGUGUUUUGGAAACAUUGGGAGGAGGUUGGCUCCUUCGAGAGCAUGA